AUGCAGCUCAAGGAUCUCCUUCCUGCUGGACUGCUCCUUAGCAACCUCUUUGAUAAGGUGGAGAAGGCUGAAGAGCACGCAGACGGCCGCCUCACCACCACCAACAUCAAGCAGGUGGAACUCGGCGAUGUCAUAUUCUUCCACAAAGACCUGAAUGACCUUAAGCGUCUGCUCGCCGCUGCCGGCUCGGAUUCAGUCACAUUGAAGAAGCUCCCCAAGACGGAUGUUAUCAUCGUCAAGCGAACUACGAGUAGUGGGAAUACUGUCAAUGAUGUUGUUGACGUAGACAUGGAGACCUUACCCGACAGGGAAGAAGCCGCCAAGUCGGAUCCCAGCGGCAACGGCGCCACCAGCGACUACGACGUCGACCCUGAAACCCAACCCACCCAGCUUUCACCCAGAGACGCCAAAUAUAAGACUCCUGGCGUAUUCCCCUGGAGAAACAGGCUCUGUCGCUGCGUUUCCAUCGGCGCCAUCUUUGGAAACAAGGACGACCGUCUAGCCAAGUCCGACGAGCCGCUGCCGCCGUACGAGGAGGGCGUUUCCAUCUUCAACUGGGGCAAUGGCGUCUGCAAAUGCGUUCCUAUGGAUGAUGCCUUCGGCGACCACACUAUAGCGGCGUUGGGGUUGGCUAUUGAGACUAUUGAGUAG